AUGUCCGACAAAAAAGAACCUCUCCUCUCCACCGCCACAAUCGACGACCUCCCGCCAGCAUACGAAACCGCAACAUCAACACCAAAGCGCAAUCUCCCACCACCACCGCCUCUCCCUCUGCCGACCCUAAUCUCCCUGCGCAGCAAACGCGUAAUCCUCGCUUCCUCUUCACCCCGGCGCCGUCAAAUAAUCUCCUAUCUCGGCCUCCCCAACAUCGAAAUCAUCCCCUCCGACUUCCCCGAAGACCUCCCGCACACCCUCCAGCCGAUUGAAUACGUCCUCGCGACAGCAAUGCAAAAGGCCGAAUCUGUGUACACGCGUGAGAUCGUCAACGAAGAAAAGGGCGAGCCCGCGCUCAUCUUGGCCGCCGACACAAUCGUCGUCGAGCCCAAAACGGGCGCGAUCCUCGAGAAACCGCGCUCGGAGGCGCACCAUAUCACCAUGCUGAAGAGCCUGCGUGAUGCACGCGAUCACAAGGUCUUCACGGCCAUUGUGGCCAUGGCGCCGUUGAGUAGUGCGAGGGAUCCCGGGUAUGCGGUUGAGACGGCGAUUGAGGAGACGAAUGUUAGGUUUGAUUCUGAGGUAACGGAUGAGUUGAUUUUGGCGUAUGUGAGGACGAGAGAGGGGGUUGAUAAGGCGGGGGGUUACGGGAUGCAAGGGAUAGGGUCGAUUCUGGUCGAGAGUAUUGAGGGAAGUUAUGAUAACGUUAUAGGGUUGCCGUUGAAGACGACGUUGAAGAUUAUCGAAAAGGUUAUGGCGAGGGCCGAUGAUGAAGAUCGAUUGGGUUCUGAUGGAGAGGGGGAUGGGGAUGAGGAGGAUAAGUGA